GUAUUGUCACACUUUACAGUCGUGUCGAGUGUUCGCCACCACGAGAGCAACGCGACCGUCCCACCGCAUGCGAGCGGUUUGUCCCUUCCGCCUUUCCGUACCGACCUCCCGACCUGGUUGUCACGUGACCAGUCAGGCCGAAGGCUCGCUCCGGGCCGGCUGAUGUCGUCCGGCUGUCAAACGCUUCUCGUCCACUUCAAACGGCAGGCAGGCUGAAGGAGGAACAAGCAUGGGCCGCUUUCCUCUCGCCGCCAGUGUGACACGAGGAUCGCAGAAGGUUGCCUUCCGUCAUGGCUGCUAGCUUCUACCCGAGCCCUUUUGAGGAGGCGGCGGGCGAGGAGGUCAAGGAGGGCUUCCUUUGCCCGCUUUGCCUCAAGGACCUGCAGUCCUUCUACCAACUCCAAGAGCACUACGAAGAGGAGCAUUCCGGGGAGGAGCGCCACCACAUUGGAGGACAACUGAAAAGUUUGGUCCAGAAGGCAAAGAAAGCCACAGACAAGCUAUGGAAGAAGGAUGGCGACGAGCGUGGCGACGCCGGCGCUUACGAGUCCUUCUACUACGGCGGGGUGGACCCGUACAUGUGGGAGCCUCAGGAGCUGGGAGCCACCAGAAGCCACUUGGACUCGUUCAAGAAGCAGCGCGCCGCCAGGAUCGACCACUACGUCGUCGAGGUCAACAAGCUCAUCAUCAGGCUGGAAAAGCUGACGUCUUUGGACAGGACCAAUUCGGACCCGGCCAAAAUCCGAGCCGCCGAGAAGUCGCUGGUGUCGUGGGUGAAGGACUCGGACGUGCCCUUCUGUCCCGACUGCGGGAGCAAGUUCAACCUCCGCAACCGGCGGCACCACUGCCGCCUCUGCGGCUCCAUCAUGUGCCGCAAGUGCAUGGACUUUGUGGCCUUGCCUCUCGCUCAAAAGCUGAUCGGCGGGACACGUGAGGCCCCGAGCGCGCCCGGGGGCGGCGGGGCCGCCGCGGCCAAUGCCGCCGCGGGCCCCCGCAGAGGCAGCCUGAGCAGCCUGAGCAGCGUCACGUCGGCGUCGGAUGACAAAGACGACGACAAGAUCCGCUGCUGCGGCCACUGCGCGGAAACGCUGCUGAAGAGAGAGCGCAAGAUGGACGAGCAAGACUUUGUGCCCGACGUGGUCAAGCUCUACCAGCGUCUGAGGAUGUGCAUGGAGAAGGUGGACGAGAAGGCCCCGCAAUACAUCCGAAUGGCCGAGUCGCUCAACGCCGGCGAGACCACGUACAAUCUUGAGACGGCGGGGGGGCUUCGACUGGAAGUGCAGAAAUACUACGAAUUAAUCGACGCUCUGAGCAAGAAGAUUCUGACGCUGGGAACGAAAGACGAGCCGCAGCCGCGUCCGAAGGUGCUGCAGCUGCAGAGGAUGGUGCGCUAUUCGGCCACGCUCUUUGUCCAGGAGAAGCUGCUCGGGCUCACGUCCUUACCGACCAAGCAGAAGUAUGAAGAGCUGAAAGAAAAGAGAAAAGAGGAACAAGAGCGGCGACUCCAACAAGAGAGACUGGCCGCCCAGGAGGCCCCGAAGAGGAGGCAGGAGUCGGAGAAGAAGCGCCCGCCCGCCGACGGCAACGGAGAGACGACGGCGCAGGCCCCCCAUCCCCGCCUGACCAAAGUCGGCGGCUGGUUGCCCUCCUCCCGUCCGGGCCUCGCGCACGACGGGCCCGAGGACCCCCUCCUGCAGCAGAUGGACAACAUCCGCUCCUUCCUGCGGCAGGCGCGCGAGGCCCGCAGGGCCGACGAGGUGACCGUGCUGGAGGAGAACCUGCGGCAGCUGCGGGACGAGUACGAGCGCCAGCAGGUGGCGCAAGAGGACGAGCGGCGCCGCCCGGAGGAGAGGGAGGAGAGCCGGCACGCCGCCCCUUGCGAUCUCGUCCUCGCCGCUGGAGAUUUGGAGCCGAUGGAAGAAAGCGCCGUUGCGGAGCGGGACCACGAGUCGCCGCCACUGAGCCGAGACACAUGCGACGACACUUUCCGCCGAGAGGGCUCCACACCCAUCGAGGAGGAUGCGUCCAAUCCCUUCUGCGAGGACAUCCGGAGGGAGCGCGGGGAAGUCGCCAAUGGAAAGAAAGAGUACAACCCUUUUGACGAGGAUGAAAACCAGGAGGACGACGCGCCGGCUGAGCGCGUUCCCGGCAACCCCUUUGAGGACGACGACGACGCGGCAGAGAGCGCCGCCCCCUUUGCGGCCGAUUCCAACGCCGGCUCCUCCAGCAACCCUUUCGAGUGCGCCGACGCCGCCGACAACGUGGACUCGAUCGAGGAGGAGCUGCUGCUGCAGCAGAUCGACAACAUCCGAGCGUACAUUUUUGACGCCAAGCUCAGUGGGCGGCCCGACGAAGUGGAGCUGCUGGCGGAGAACCUGCGAGAGCUCCAGCGCGCCCUGCGCGAGCAGAAGACUAAGCGACAGUGACGCCCGCCCGCCAGCCCCUUGGCUGUCCCGCUUCGGCCUUCCCGUUUGGCCUUCGCCACCGACACGACCGGCAGAAUGACGCAUUCACCCCCCCCCCCCCACCCCCAAGUGUCUUCAUCCCAGUGUCGGCUGCACGCGAUGAUCACCUGCGCUUCGGCUGCUUUCCACGUCCACCACACGCACGGCAAAACGAAUGCCGGCAAGCGUUUGUACUCGGUGUCGCUUGACGUUUGUUAGCCGCGCGAUUAACUGACAGCCGCUUCACUUGCGUCGGGUUCGGGUGUUUGAUUGACUGCAGAACGACAACACUUUGGAUUGUUUAUUAACAUGCGAGCACAAGUAAACAAGUUUUCAAGUCUGA